AUAUGGAGAAAAACUGUUUUCAUAAAUGUACAUUCUUUCAAAGUAAAAACAAACAAACAAACUCAAUUGUAUAAUUAAUUUACUAGUUAAUGAAUCUAGAAUAAACAUGAAUGAAUGUCUUGGAUAUUUAUGAAAUAAUAAUUAAUGAUUCAUUAAACUAAGACUAUUGUCUAUUAUUAUUGUCAUAUUAUAUCCAACUGUAAUAACAGGAAGAAGAAAAAAAAGACAAUUAUGUACAGUUUAAUAACAUAUUCUCAUGUUACUUCUUUGUUUAUAUUAUUAAUUCUGGGAGAAUUUAACAUUCAAAUAGUUUAUAGUUAUAUAUUUUGUCAUUGUGAUACUGAUGAAUGUCGUGCUUUUGGUUAUAAAGAAUGUAAAGCAGAAUUUUAUUGUUAUAGUAUUUAUGAAUUAAAUUCAUUAUCAACUAAUCAUCAUAUACAAUUGAUAAAUCGAUCAACAGAAAUUACUGGUAUCUCAAUUAGUCGUGGUUGUAUAUCAAAUAGUUUUUUAACAAUGUGUACAAAAAAAGAAAUUCGUCAUAAUAAACAAUUUAAUUCACCAUAUUUAAUUACUCGUUGUUGUAGAGAUGCUUGGUGUAAUACAGAUAAAGUAAAAAUUGCUCAAAGUGAUUGGUCUUUGCAUGAAACAAAACGUUAUACACUAGGAGACUAUUCUAACUAUGACGCUGAACGAAUGGGAUCGAUUAAUUUAAGACAACAAACGCAAUUCAAAACUGGAACAGAAGCAUCAUCAUUGUUGACAAAUUCAAAAGAUUUUCAAAAUUUACAAAGUGACCUUCAUUUAACCGAUGAAGAUUUUUCUGAAAAUUUAUUAAACACAAAGUUACUUCAUCAAGAUGUAUCUAAACAAAUAACAAUGGAAGAUCGAUCUAAUAUGAUUAAUUCUAGAAGAGGAAUACGACGAAAAGGAGAUAAAGGUGACGGAAAUACUGAAACUGAUUCAAGUCGUAUUCUUACAGAAAAUUUCCAAUUAUCCUAUUUCAAUCCAGUCAAAUCAGCACACUCGAAAUCCUAUAAUAUGAAUAUGUUGUUAGCAAGACCAAUCUAUGUAGCAAUGGGAAUAUCAUUAGCUAUUCUUUUAUUUGGCCUUAUCUUCCUAUCAUUUGCCUUGUUGUUUUAUCGAAGGAAUAAACUGGUACAUAUUUCUAAUUGUCGGACAGUUUGUAGUUAUUCAUGCCACAAUAGAAAUAGCAUUACUUCACCUAUCAGUGAGAGAGUUAUCUGUAAAAGUGCUACAGGAAUAUCAGAAAAUACGGAGAGGCUGAAAAAUUGGAAUCAACCAGUUUCUGUAUUUCCAAAUCAACAUUCAACAGAUGAACCACUUUUAUUAAAUGGCAUCAGUUCAAUUGAAAGCAUGAAUCCGUCCACAGAUUAUCGGUCGUCAACACUAAUUAAAACAGGAAGCAACUGGGUGAAACCAACAGGUUACACAACAUCAGCAGAAAAGAAAGAAAAUGUCUAUAAAGAGAAUUUAUUUACAUAUUACUGUAAUCAUUGUAUCUGCUGUUAUUCUAAUAAUAAUAACAAUGUUAAUAAUGAUAUAAAUGAUUUUAGUCAUUCAACAAAUAAAGACUUCAAAUCAUUUAUUAACUUAUCACAAUUCAAUAAAAGAAUUAUAACUAUGGAUAAUACAGAAAAUAAUAAUAAUACUACUAUUAAUGAUCAUCAUUUACAUCCAGUUCUAUGUGAAACAAGUGAGUUUAGUUUAAAUACAGAUAAUCAAAAACAAGAACCAAGUAGUAUAUCUACACCAUUAUUUAGUAUUCAUUCAACAUCUACUCAUCAAUUACAAGAUUUUAUUGAAUCUAAAAAAAUAAAUACUAAUAAUCAUAGUUAUUAUAAUAAUCAUAAAUCAUUAUUAAUCAAUAAUCAAGAUACAUUUACAUGGAUACAAAAUCAACAAUCACAUAAUCAAAAUUCAAUGAAAUGUCAACAAUAUAAUUAUUAUAAUCAAAAAUUACAAAAAAAUAUUAAUUUAAUACAAAUGAAUAAACAACGUCAAAUUUAUUCAAUGCUUAAUGAUUUCAAUGAAAAUUGUUCUGAUUCUAUUAAUUUAUAUGAUAUUGAUAAUAAUAAUAAUAAUUCGAACUAUGAACAUAUUAGGACAAUGCCAAAACAGAAAUUCAUUGAUAUGGAAGCAAGAAAAAGUAAUACAAUACAAAUAAAUAGUAAUAUUGAUUCAGUCUCUCCUAUAUUACAUAAUGAUAUAAGAAGAAAUACAAAUUGUAGUAAUAGUAAUAGUGAUCAUUUAGAAAAUGAAUCAAUAAAUCAACAAUCUAUAUUACCAAUUCAAUUCAAUGAUUUAUUAUUUCCUCAUUUACCACCACCUCCAUCUUAUCCACCGCCUCCUUUGCAUCAACAACAAGAAACUCAACAAAGAAUUAUUGAAAUUUUAAAUCCUCAUAACUCUACUAAUACUACUACUACUACUAAUAAUAAUAAUAAUACUAACAAUAAUAGUGAUAAUAAAGUUUUAAAUCAUAAAAAUACUCUAUUUGUUGACUUACAUCGAUUUGAUAUACUUUUACAACGUCAAAGAGGUACUGGAAAAACAAGUAGCGGUGGUGAAGAUAAUAAAACAAUAGAAAGUGAACAAUCUGAUAUAAAUCAAAUUUGGAAAAUGUCCGGUUCAAAUGAAAAUAAUAGUGAAUUGAAUACUGUUAUAAUAGAUCACAGAAUUAUUCCUUUGAACAAUAAUGAUAAUAAUAAUCAAUUUUCUAAAUAUUCAACUGAUUUAAACAACUUAACUGAACAUAGAAUUCUUGAAACCGAUUUGAUUGGUUUGGCAACUUUUCGUAAAGCUGAUGAAAAAAAUGUAGAUUUAGUUACACCAUAUGCACAAUUUGAUUUAUCACCAGAUUCAAGUAUGUGUAUAACAGCUGAAUAAUCAAUAAAAUAUUAUGAUAAUAAGAACAAAACAACCCCCCCCCAGAAUAUUUACAUUAUAUCACUCCUCUUUUAUAAUAUGAACACAUAUAUAUUUUAAUGUAUUAAACACAUACAUAAUCAAAAUGUAAAUAAAUUCAUUAUACAUAAUG